AGCCUCCAGAAUCGGAAGUUCGACUCUGCGGCAGCCCACCACCGUGAACUCAUCGCCAUCUCCAUUUCCGACUUAACAAUGUCUAAGUGGUGGCGCGGCUUGCGGACGGUGGUUCAGGUGCGUACCCUGAACGAGCCACCUUGCUCGCACUCUUACCACACUAUCCAGGCCAUCCCUAGAGAGUGCAGUGGUAGUCGGAUCUCGAGGAGGGACCGAGACCAGGGCAGGAUUCCGGCCGUCGUCUUUUCACAGAACCUCCUUGAUAAGGACCCCUACAAUCGAUCCCUCGCCAGGAAGCAGCUAUUGACCACCGAGAGGAAGCAGAUUAAGGCCGUUCUCAAAUCCGUGGAGCUACCUUUCUUUUACUCUACUACCUUCCCACUCCAGAUCCGCGCUGGCUCCGGUUCGUCGAUCCUCCUUGAGUCCGGGAGAGUAUUACCCAUCAAGAUUCAUAGGGACGAGGAGACAGGGAAGAUAUUGAAUUUGGUUUUUGUUUGGGCCGAUGAUGGGACCGAGUUGAAAGUUGAUGUGCCGAUUGUUUUCAAAGGAUUGGAGCAUUGUCCUGGUCUCAAGAAAGGGGGUUCCCUGAACAAGAUAAGAGCUAGUCUAAGGUAUCUUUGCCCAGCCGAACACAUUCCUCAGAAAAUUGAGGUGGAUGUGAGAAAACUAGAUAUCGGGGACACAGUGUUGAUGCAAGAUGUUGAGGUUCAUCCAUUCCUGAAGCUUCUAAGCAAGAAUGAGACCAUGCCUAUAUGUAAGAUUGUGGCAACAAAUUUUGAAAAUGCACAAUGCAAGUCAGUGUAGGCUAGGCGAAGAAACCUGAAGUGAACUAAACUCAAAAGGUCUUGAUGGAGCACACCACGAGGUAAAAACCAUUUCAAGAAUAUGUCUUCUAGAGGUGUUGAUUUGAGAUUUCCAAAUCGUCCAGAAAGUCAACAUUUAGCAUGUAAUCAGGCAAAAGUGGUUCAAUUGUGGUAGUUAUGAAUGGAAAAAACGGAAUACUUCUAUCAAUGCUUUUAGUUGUCUCAGUUUUCUUACUAUUUGGAAUUGACAUUCAAUGGUGGUUAUUGUGAUGAGGACUUUUCCUUUUGUUUGGUAUAUCAAUGAUAGGUUAUACAAUAAUUCUCCUCGUUGCUA